UGAGUAGACUGCGCGACUUGUUUCGGUUUCGGUUUCUCCCCGGGUUAGUUAGAGACUAUCGAAGUCAGUGUGUUCUUACUGAAAACAUCAAUGGCUCAGUGGGGCUCAUACGGUUCUUACUGGCAAGGUGCUUGUCCAGGAUAUUAUGAUUAUACACAACCUGCUCAGACAUAUGAUUAUAAUCAUCAAACCAUUCCAGUUUCAUCAGUUCAAGAAAAACCUUCCACACCUCCCCCACCCGGAGUAGAAUCUACUGCCCCCAAGAUGGAUGGGACUGUUACAAUGACAAGCUCCAUUUCAGCAACUUAUGACACAUCGUGGUGUACUUCGACUCCAUUUCAUUCUCAAAACUUCUCUUGUGCUUAUAAUUAUUCACCUGCGCUCCCACCCCGUCAACCGGUCAUGUUCGACCCAAGUCCACAGAGGCCUAUGAUGCCAAACGUUUCGUAUCCUUCAUAUGGUUCUCCACAGUUCCCGUUGCAUAUGCGAAGUCAGUUAGGGUGUAACUGGAACGCAGCUAGACCUACUUAUGGUUAUCCAGUUAAUGGAGGUGCGGUUCAGUCGUUCGGUAUGUGGCCUGACGGAAGACCAUCUGUUCAUUCCAAUGGUUUGGCAGUGACGGGUCCACGGUUUCCAUUCCAGAGUACUUUAGAUUCUCCAAACACAGUGGCUAUUGAAAAUACUGCGAAUACCCCAAUUUCUAAAGAAGUGUUACAGCAACCACCUGCUAGUUUUCAGGACAAAGGAGCAAAAGAGCAGUGGAGCGAUGAACUCAAAGAGUACGUCCAGCGAGCUUUCUGCAGCAUUGAUACAAGUGAGGAAAAAGAUCAAAUGGAACGGAUUUUAAAAGAAAAAUUGGAGUACGUUUUUAGAAAUAACAUCAAGGUCGACUGGAAGACAGAAAAUAUCCCAACUAUCCCUAGUCGUGCGAUUGCUAGUUUCCGUAAAUCCUUUAAUAUCAGGGGUAAUUCUGUCAAUGUCGUGCGACCUGUUCAACUUCCCAGUCCUCGUGGACUUCGCCCAACGGGUCCAUCAAGGGGAGCUCCUGCACGUCUUCCUGUUGGGCUUUUGUCGAGAGGUGGCCGCAAUGUGUUUUCGUCUUCAGUUGUUAAGAGUAUAUCACCAUCCAAAAAGUUGCCAUCGAAAUCUCGCUCACCUAGUCGUUCUCCUGUUUCCAAACCUCUAAAAGAUUGGCAGAGAAAGCGUUUAUAUAGAUCCAGGUCUAGUUCAUCUUCAAAAUCACGUGGCUCCCCUCAUUCUUCAUCCUCAAGUAGUUUCAGGACAAAACGCCAUCGGCGUCGGGAUUCUCGGUCGCGCUCUGGUUCUCGGCAUGCACAGAGAAAAACGAAUGAUGUAAAGGAUUCUCAGAAAAGUACACCGCAAUUAACCACCAGGGGUAAUUCCAAAGGUAGACGGCGGAGACGCGGUGGUGCUUCGAACGCCGACACAAGUACGGACGCAAAUACCUCUAAUGAAGAUGGGACAGCUGUAAGGGGUCGUGGACGUGGCAGCUGGCGUGGUAAACGUGGAAAUAUUUCAAAGCAUACUCCUCCAAGUGAAUCUCGCCUUACACAACGAGCCAGUAGAUUUAAAGAUCAUCUAGUGCAGUCACCUAUUGGAUCAGGUUCCAUUGGACGAACCACCAGUCAGUUGCUUUCGAAUUACACUGACGAACGUGAUGAUCUAGCUGUUGAUUUUGGUAGCUGUCAAAUCAUUGGUACCAUGCAAGAAAUAGAAAAACAAUACUUAAGACUGACUCGAGCCCCAGAUCCUACAGAAGUGCGACCCCUAGCAAUUUUGAAGCUUUCUUUGGAGCACGUCAAAGAAAAGUGGCGUUCAAAUACCGAUUAUCACUGGGUGUGUGAGCAGUUUAAAAGUAUACGUCAAGACUUAACUGUACAAGGUAUCGAAGAUGAUUUUGCAGUAUCAGUUUAUGAAGCACAUGCAGAUGUAGCCUUAGAAGCUGGGGAUUUUGAAGAAUUUCAUCAAUGUCAAAGUCAGUUGCUUCGUCUCCAUAAAGAAGGCUUAGGUGUUAGUAGACUGCUAGAAUUUACUGCCUACAGACUUCUUUAUUACAUCUUCACUCUCGAUAUUUUAGGUAAGUUAAUCGCACUCCGAAAAUUGCUUUAUUAUUCUACUUGAGCUUAGCUUUUCACUUUCAGAGGCUCUGCGUUUCGUGGCAUCUUAUUAGUAGCCUCAGUAGCUAUUUCCAUUUUAAGUUUGAAAGUCAUCAAGAAUAUUUUCUUUUAAAAAGUACUUCUUAUAGGUUCUUUAUCCUGAUUGACCAGGUGUCUGAUUGUCCCUAAAUUAACAUCAUUCUUAAUAUUUUCUUUCUGUGCGAUCAGUUGGUUGUUUUUUAUUAAUAUCUACUGACUCAGGAGUGGAAAGAGGUGUUCAUUAUCUGUAUUGGAUAUAUUACUUGACCAAUAAAACUACGUUAGAUAGAGUAAACGUGCGAUCACUGAUUCACUUUUAGUCGUUAACCCAAUAAACUAGAGCCCCAUGGAGAUGGUGUUAUUAUUUAGCCUUUGACCGCAGACUUCUAAUGGUACUUCUCUUUUCAUUUAUUGUAUCGUGAGUCAAAUAUCAGUAGUUGUGUGCAUCUGGAAAUUGGCCCCUAUGAUCUCUUUCUUUUUCCGUCUACAACAUUCAAUAGCUUCACUGAUGUGAAUAUGAUUUAGAUGUAAGAUCAAUUUGUUAUUUCUAACUGAAAAUGUGAAGAUUCACAGUACCAGAAUGUAAGACAGUUGAUUUGUGACACUCGUUAAACUAGAGAAGCACAUAAUGUGAAUCAGUCUAGCAAAAUACCGUAUUUGUACGGCUUUCACUUGCUAGCACUAGCUGCUAAAAUGAUUUAUCUGUUGGAGAUCCGUUCAUGUCUUUCACCUCAUUAUUUGAAUGUCUUAUUUGUAUUACUGAAUUGGAAUAUGACCAAAUCUUUCUUUAUUUCACUAGGUAUCAAUACUAUCAUGGCUGGUUUACGUCCAACUCACAAAACUAAUCCAUGUGUUUCAUUUGCUUUAAAACUCCGGUCAGCGUGGUCGUUGAGUAAUUAUCACCGUUUCUUCAAACUUCUUUGUCCAGCUAAUGAUGAUCAACAACCUCCCUUACGGUGCAAACAUGUUGUAAACUGGUUUGUUGAUCGUGAAAGAAAAGAGGCUAUCAGACUAAUGUUUAAGGUGUACGUUGUGUUGUGAUUUGUAAUAAUAGUUUUAUAACUUGUAGGUGGUAUUAUUAGGGUUACUAAUGGUAAGAUUGUUUCUAGCGUUAAAAGAAAGAAAAAGCUAUACUUAAUCAUCUAAGUUUGUUUAUGAUCGUUCAGGGAAUGGACUGUUUUUUCACUUAUCACAAAUAUUGUUUUAUUAUCACUAGCUAGUUGAUUUUAUUAUAACUACUGCUAUUAAUUAAUUAUUUUGACUGAUACUAGGAAGAACUGUGACAGUAGUCAUCAUCACAACACAAGAUAAUGAUAGUUUAUGUGAUGCUGUUAAUAUUUCUUCUGCUUGAACCGAUUGCAAGAUCUCAGUCAUUACAAAAUUCAGCGCCUUAAAUAUGGUUUCUAUUUAGGGUAAACAGUUUUGAAAUGAUCAUUGGCUUAAUAGUCACCCAGAUCUCGUAACCAAUGGUUGGAGACUCUGGAUGACAUGGCUCAGAAUCGAUCACAAAGGCGUGGGUGUAUACACUCUUUGUAUUGAACACCAAAACUGUCCACGUAUGUUUUUUUUUAAAAAAGCAACUCUAUUAGGACAUUUUAUGCAACAAAUAUUUGGAAUUUUACGAAUUUUCUUUCACCACUAGAUCAUGCCACUUCAUUAAUUUUAAAAGUCGGAUGUGUUGUAGCUCACUAACUGACAGAUGCGUUGAAAGCGUAAGCUCAUUAAUAUUUAAGUUCUUUGUGUCUAUUAGAACGAUAGGCUUAUUUUUUUCCUUUGCAGUAAUCAUCAAUAUGUAUACUCAGUUAGCCUUUGACAUCUAAUCUAACUUUUGUGCCCUCAAAUGUUGACGAUUACUUAAUAUUAGUCAGAUUAAUGUUUAACGUUAUGUGUUUUAGUAUAUUUUUUGUGCCUAUAUCAUAUUUAUCCGUCCUAGUAUGUUUGUAAGUUGUGGUAGUUUACUUUUUAAUGAAAAAUUAAUUUCAUGGACACGUUCCGCUUUCUCUCUUCUUGUACUUCAUUUGCUAUCGGAGAAGUCUGUUUCUUGUUAAUUUUGAUUCGAUGCUUUCUACUUAAGUAUACGUAUAUGCACUUAAUUUUUGUAAUUAAAUUUUUUCUUAACAGAUUUUUGUGCUUCCUUCAAAAUCAUAAAUCUUUAAGGUAUACGGCUUUGUAAUCUUUUUACGUAUUCAGUUCAUGUUUAUGUUUUAAUUUUGCAUACUGAUAAUUCUGAAUUUUUUUCUAUUUACUACUAUCUGCAAAUAUCGUUUACGUGAAUUUCGCUUGAUGCCCUCAACGUAUUCGUUUGUUUUCAAUAUGGAUUCUUCCACUACACUUGCUAAUGUUAAUUGCUUAUUUCAAUUAUGAUCUUUUUUUCUGAUCUUUCAAACCCAUUUCCUACGAAAUAUCCCCACUUUUAGUUUCCGUCCUACAAUAAGUCUUUCGUUUAUAUCAAAAUUAAUCGGGUUUUCCUCUACUGCUUUAUGUAAAGAUUUUAUUUGUAAAGAAUUUACUCUACCAGAAUCCAAUUUGGAGCCGAUAGAAAAAAUCGAUGCGAAGAUGGUUUGGAGUCUUAUGUGUUCACAGUCAACAUGAAUCGAUGCUGCUACUUCAUCGUUCAUCUGGAUGUGAGUUCCUACAAUGUGGCAUUAAAUUCUUCAGUGACGGUUGUAUUUCGUAAAUAAUAUCAGAUUAUUGUACAUAAGUUUAUAUAUAUUAUCAGAAUAAUUUUAUUUCCACAU